UUGAUCUCUCUUUUAUAUUUACAUAUAUACCACCAUUUCAUUUCCCUAACUCCCCAUCCUCCUCAACAUUAGUUUCUUUCAUAGCUUGUAAAAAUCUCGAGCUUGCUUCAAUGGCUGAUGCAGGUGGUUUAGUCUCCGCUAAGAGGAUGUGGUGCUCGGUCCCUGAAAGGCUCCAGCUGGAUAUGGCCAUGUUGACCUUGCAGUUUGGUUAUGCAGGGUUUCAUGUGGUUUCUCGAGCUGCCCUUAACAUGGGCGUCAGCAAACUCGUCUUCCCAGUUUACAGGAACAUCAUGCUUUCCUUCUGCUCCUUCCGUUUGCAUAUUUUCUUGAGAAGAAGGAUCGACCAGGCAUUACUCUAAAUUUUCUUUUACAGUUCUUCCUCGCUCUUGUUGGGUACGCAUGAUAUCCUCUACAAUCUAACAUGGUUAGUGUGAUAAACCAAAACUAUCUGAUUCUAUUGCCUUUUACGUGACAGAAUAACAGCAAAUCAAGGUUUCUAUUGCUUGGCUUAGAUAACACGUCACCGACCUUCGCAUCUGCCAUCCAAAACUCUGUGCCAGCCAUUACCUUUCUAAUGGCCGCCC